AUGGGAGCUUCUGGUCGUGCCUGCUCGUCGCUGACCCUUGUGGCUGCCGCAGCGGAGCUGUCGGAGCUGCGGUCGCGGCUGCGGGCGGUGAAGCACACGGUGCUGGUGCUCUCGGGGAAGGGCGGCGUGGGCAAGAGCACCUUCAGCGCGCUCCUGGCUCACGGGCUGGCGGCGGACGAGGCCAAGCAGGUUGCUCUGCUGGACAUCGAUAUCUGCGGGCCAUCCAUCCCGAAAAUGAGGGGUCUGGAAGGAGAACAGGCAAGCGAACGCUCAAACGUGUUGAUUAAAGGAUGUCUGCCCAAUUUGUCAUUAACGUUUUAGGGUCUUGUAGGGUUUAGUGGAACUUCUAAAAGGACAGUUUAUUGGGAAAUGGAUGUGGCAGUGGGCAAGGAAGUCCCGGCAAGAUGGACAAGUUCAGCGUGAUGUAGUCUCUAAAAGAGUUGUCUCCUUUCAGGAUGA